AUGUCUACUCAACUUCCCGCCACAAACUCUUCGGGUUACAACACCCCCGACUCUGAAUUGGAGUCAAUCGUUCCGGUUCACCCGACCGCCGUUCGUCGCCCUAACUACAUCACCGUCCAGUCGGAAAAUACCGUCUACACCGAUGAUCAUAUCACUGCAAAGUACUUCAACCGUGGUGCCGAUGUCGUGGUCUCAGACGGCCAGUUCACUAUUUUACCUACUGCCAAGCCUUACGAGUUCCAAACCACCCGCAAGGUUGGCAAGACUGGACUUAUGAUGAUCGGUUUGGGCGGUAACAAUGGCUCCACUCUUUGCGCGACCAUCAUCGCAAACAGGCACCAGAUGGCCUGGCACACCAAGGAGGGUAUUCAGCAGCCUAACUACAUUGGCUCUGUCCUCCGUGCAUCUACCGUUCGCAUUGGCACUGAACCGAGCACCGGUAAGGAAGUCCACGUCCCAAUCUCUGACGUUCUUCCUAUGGUGCACCCCAAUGACCUUGUUCUUGGUGGCUGGGAUAUUUCCGGCCUACCCAUGGACAAGGCGAUGGAACGUGCGAAGGUGCUUGAUUAUGAUCUCCAGCGCCAGGUCAAGCCGCACAUGGCUCUGCUCGGUCGCCCUCUUCCUUCCAUCUACUAUCCCGACUUCAUUGCUGCCAACCAGGAAGCGCGUGCGGACAAUGUCCACAUUCGUGCCGACAUUCGCCGCUUCAAAUCUGAGAAUCAGCUUGACCGUGUCGUCGUAUUCUGGACUGCGAAUACGGAACGCUACAGUGACAUUAUCCCUGGCGUUAAUGAUACCGCUGACAAUAUCCUUGCUGCGAUCAAGAACUCGCACUCGGAGGUGUCUCCCUCGACGCUCUUCGCUGUUGCUGCCAUUCUCGAGGGCGAGCCAUUCGUUAACGGUGCCCCUCAAAACACGUUCGUGCCUGGUGUCAUCGCCCUCGCGGAGCGGGAGAAGUCUUUCAUUGGCGGUGAUGACCUGAAGUCUGGUCAAACCAAGCUGAAAUCCGUGCUUGCAGAGUUCCUCGUGAACGCUGGUAUCAAACCGCUCUCUAUCGCGUCGUACAACCAUCUUGGCAACAAUGAUGGGCAUAAUUUGAGCGCGGAACCGCAGUUCAAGAGUAAGGAAAUCAGCAAGAGCAGCGUUGUGGAUGAUAUGGUGGAUGCCAACCGUUUGCUCUACAAACCUCCUGUUCUGGGCGCAACGGGCAAAGCGGCCAAAGGCGAGCACCCUGAUCACAUUGUUGUGAUCAAGUAUGUGCCUGCAGUCGGUGACUCGAAGAGAGCAAUUGACGAGUACUACUCUGAGAUCUUCUGUGGCGGGAGACAAACCAUCAACAUCUUCAACGAGUGUGAGGUAUGGGACACGUUUUUGAUAUGCCACCAGAUGCUCAAUGCUCUGCUUACUCGCGUCAAGUACCGCGGAGAGGGCCAAACUGAUUUUGCGCCCCUCCACGCUGUCUUGUCGCUGCUCUCGUACAUGUGCAAGGCGCCUCUCGUCACUGAUGUUGUCAACAGCCUCGGCAGGCAGCGUAACGCGCUCGAGAGUUUCCUGAAGGCGUGUAUUGGGCUCGAGGGCAACAGUGACCUGCUCUUGGAGACUCGUAUCUGGUAA